AUGUCCAAGUUCUACGCCAUCGUCGCCGGCGCAGGCUCCGGCACUGGAGCCUCAGUCGCCCUCCGCUUCGCCAAAACAUAUCCCGUUGUCCUCCUCGCCCGCAAAUCGGCCAACUACGAGCCGAUUGUGCAGGAGAUUCGCGCUGCGGGCGGCUCGGCAUAUGGAUACACGGCGGACGCCUCGGAUCCUGCUUCCGUAGACGGUGCAUUUGCCCAGAUUGAGAAGGACCUCCAGGGGCACAAGUUGGCGGCGGCCGUGUAUAACGCGAAUGCCGGGUUCGCGUAUAAGCCGUUUUUGGAGUUGAAGGUUGAAGAUUUGGAUACUAGCUUGGGGACCGCCGCGAACGGCUUGUUCUACUUUGCCCAAAAGACGCUCCCCCAACUCCUUGAUGCUGCCUCGUCGUCUCCUCACCCUCCCAGUCUUCUUGUGACCGGGGCCACGGCCUCCAUCCGAGGCUCCGCCAAAUUCACCACCUUCGCGGCGGGAAAGUUCGCCCAGAGGGCCAUCACGCAGUCCCUCGCCCGGGAAUUCGGGCCUCAGGGCGUGCAUGUCGCUCUGGCCAUUAUCGACGGCGUUAUCGAUACCCCCUGGGGCAAGGAACGUACGGCCAACAAUGGUGUGGAGGAUGGGAAGAUUGCUGCCGAGGCUGUAAGUGAACCGUGGCUCUGGGACGACGGGUGA